AUGGCUAAAGAAAAAUGUAGUCCACUGAUCUUGCGAGAGAAGCCUAUGACCUAUGCCUUGGCACUGAAUGAAACUGGGAGAAGACUGUGCACAGAUUACAUCGGUCAGGAACCCAGUGGCAGGAAUGCAAACGAGUUGGUGUUGGAUGAUAACAGUAAGCUUUCAAACCAUAAAAAGCCUCAUAAUCCCAUGAUCAGUGCAGGAGCCAUUCUGGUCGGGGCCUUGCUACAAACAACUUUGCAAGCCUGAAAUGGGGGCUGGCUGAAAAAUUUGAUCUUUGUUGUAAAUUAUAUCAAGAGGCUUGCGGGUGGUGAAUUCAUAGGAUUCAACAACUCUGUGUUUCUGGCUGAGAAAGCUGCAGGGGACCGCAACUACGCCCUCGGGUUCUACUUGAGGGAACACAAGUGUUAUCCCAAGGGGACUGAUCUCAGACAGCUGAUUGACUUCUUCCAUCAAUGUUGCUCCUUGGAGGGAAAUUGCAACAGUUUGUCUGUGAUCGCUGCCACAUUCGCUAAUGGAGGAGUCUGUCCUUUAACCGGAGACAGGAUCCUUGAGCCUGAUGCUAUCAGAGAUGUGCUCUCUCUCAUGCACAGUUGUGGCAUGUACGAGUACUCAGGCCAAUUCGCCUUCAAGGUUGGCCUGCCAUCUAAGUCUGCAGCCCCAGGCACGAUGAUGGUGGUGAUCCCCAAUGUGAUGGGGAUCUGUACAUGGUCGCCACCUCUUGAUAAAUGGAACAACAGUUGCCGGGGUGUACAGUUUUUUGAGGAAAUUGUAAAAAUAUUCAGCUUCCACCACUAUGACAAUCCUAAACAUGCUAGAGGAAAGAAAGAUCCUUGCAAGGAAAGAUUUGCUUCAAGAGGGCUGAGUAUAGUUAAUCUACUUUAUUCAGCUGCUCGGGGAGAUAUUGCAGCAUUAAGGAGGCACAAGGUGUCAGGGAUGGACAUGAGUCAGACAGAUUACGACAAGCGGACAGCUCUACACCUGGCAGCUGCUGAGGGUCAUCUCCCCUGUGUCUCCUUCCUCAUCGACCAGUGUAAACUGCCCCUCAACUGUAAAGACAGGUACUCUACUAUGUUUCUUCAUUUAAUACUUAGCACAAGGUGUCAGGGAUGUACAUGAGUCAGACAGAUUAUGACAAGCGGACAGCUCUACACCUGGCAGCUGUUGAGGGUCAUCUCCCCUGUGUCUCCUUCCUCAUCGACCAGUGUAAACUGCCCCUCAACUGUAAAGACAGGUACUCUACUAUGUUACUUCACUUAAUACUAGGCACAAGGUGUCAGGGAUGGACAUGAGUGAGACAGAUUAUAAUAAGCGGACAUCUCUGCACCUGGCAGCUGUUGAGGGUCAUCUCCCCUGUGUCUCCUUCCUCAUCGACCAGUGUAAACUGCCCCUCAUCUGUAAUGACAGGUACUCUACUACGUUACUUCACUUAAUACUAGGCACAAGGUGUCAGGGAUGGACAUGAGUGAGACAGAUUAUAAUAAGCGGACAUCUCUACACCUGGCAGCUGUUGAGGGUCAUCUCCCCUGUGUCUCCUUCCUCAUCGACCAGUGUAAACUGCCCCUCAUCUGUAAUGACAGGUACUCUACUACGUUACUUCACUUAAUAUUAGGCACAAGGUGUCAGGGAUGGACAUGAGUCAGACAGAUUACGACAAGCGGACAGCUCUACACCUGGCAGCUGCUGAGGGUCAUCUCCCCUGUGUCUCCUUCCUCAUCGACCAGUGUAAACUGCCCCUCAACUGUAAAGACAGGUGGGGAAAGACACCACUUGAUGAGGCUAGGACAUUUGGCAGGCAAAACGUUGCAGAAUAUUUGGACAAAAGGAAUGCUUUGUUAAAUGCACCAGAGAGUCAAGGAUCAAGUGAAGGUAGUUCAGAUGAGGAAGAAAGUUCAGCAGCUGAGAAUGAAGUGAAAACUGAAGAAAAUAAAUAAACAGAGAUCUUCUUUUA